AGUAAAAAUUCCCUUGUCCUUUUAUAUUUGGCCUUGGUUUGGUUUUUUGCCCCCCAACGCAGAGAUCCCCAGCUUCCCGAGAAACAUGACAUUUUCUACCCCAUCAAACCUCGUCCCAGAGACCAACGGCGCAGCAGUAGCUGCUGCUGCAAAGAAUGACUUUAUUGUCAAGGCCGGUCUCGCCCAAAACUUGAAGGGCGGUGUGAUUAUGGACGUGGUGAACGCGGAGCAGGCUCGCAUCGCCGAGGAAGCAGGUGCAUGUGCUGUCAUGGCUCUCGAACGGGUACCAGCCGACAUUCGCAAAGACGGCGGUGUGGCUCGCAUGUCCGAUCCCAAAAUGAUCAAGGAGAUCAUUGAGGCCGUAACUAUCCCCGUCAUGGCCAAGGUUCGCAUCGGUCACUUUGUCGAGGCUCAGAUCAUCCAGCACCUCAACGUUGACUACAUUGAUGAAUCCGAGGUGUUGACUCCCGCCGACGAGCAACACCACAUUGACAAGAGCAAGUUCAAAGUGCCUUUUGUCUGCGGUGCAAAGAAUUUGGGUGAGGCUUUGAGGAGGAUCAACGAGGGUGCCGCCAUGAUCCGGACAAAAGGAGAGGCUGGAACGGGUAACGUUGUUGAAGCUGUACGACACGCACGUCAGCUUAUGGGAGAGAUCCGGAAAGUCCAAGCCAUGGCGGAGGAGGAGCUCUACGUUUACGCAAAGGAAAUCCAGGCCCCUUACAACCUUCUUAAAGAAACCGCACGAUUGGGCCGUUUGCCCGUCGUCAACUUUGCCGCCGGUGGUGUUGCAACUCCCGCCGAUGCUGCCAUGAUGAUGCACUUGGGCAUGGACGGUGUGUUUGUGGGCUCUGGCAUCUUCAAGUCGGGCGACCCUGCCAAGCGGGCCAGGGCCAUUGUCCAGGCUGUCACCCACUACAAUGACCCUGCUGUUUUGGCAUCUGUAUCGGAAGACUUGGGGGAGGCGAUGGUUGGUAUCAACUGCGAUUUGUUGCCAGAGGAACAAAAGUUUGCCAAACGCGGUUGGUAAAGCUGUAAGAGGCGCUGGUAGCCAUUGUAUGGUGUCCAUUGUAGUUUACGGCUGGGUGGAUAGCUGGGGGACGCGUUGGGUAGCAAAGCACAAUGGGGUGCAAGGGGUAGAUUCUCAUAUUUCAGACGCUUUAGCAUUGCAAUUUUCUUCUUUUUUUUUAUCAUGAAAGGCUAUAGAUGUUGAGAUUGGACAUGAUUUUUGUUUAACAAAUACGGUCUUUGUAUUCGGAAGCGGAUGUUACAAAUUCUAAUAUUUUCCUUCCUAUACCAAGAGAUGAGAAGCGUCUAGUCCAAC